AAAUGGAUUGUCCUCCCCUCUAUGUGGUGCUGUCUUGCUUGGUUCCUCUCCACUGCUGGCUCGCCACGGGCAGGGGAGCGAGAGCCCAAGAACUGCUCCUGUCUGGAAAGCUAAGUGAAUAUGGUGUGAUUGUGCCCUUCAGUGCAGAUUGCCAGGGACGGUUCCUCUCGCACGUGGUGUCUGGCUCAGUAGCGGCACGGAGGGGAGAAGCCCUCCAUCCUUCUGCUCCUCCGCCUCACUCAGGUCGACGCAGAGUGGUCCGCAGCACCCCUCUGAACCAAGGCAUGUCUGGGAAUCACUUCUAUUACUUCAAUGUUACUGUUUUGGGGCAACAACUACAUCUUCGCCUCAAGCCCAACCGGCGGCUGGUGUCCCCUGGUGCAUUGGCUGAGUGGCAGGAGGACUUCCAAGAGGUAUUUCGGAAACCUCUGCAGCAGGAAUGUGUCUUCACAGGAGGAGUUUCGGGCAUGCCAGGUGCCACUGUGGCCAUCAGCAAUUGUGAUGGACUGGCAGGUCUGAUUCGGACAGACAGUGGUGAGUUUUUUAUUGAGCCCCUGGAGCGAGGACAGUGGGAGAAGGAAAAGACUGGGAGAGCUCACGUGGUUUACCGCAGGUCUACCAUCAAACAGGAGAGAGCAGAAGCAUUCAAGGAACAUCAAAAUGAAGUUCCAGGCUUUAGCCUGGGUCAGCUCCCAGACACUCUGAACCUGAUUGAAGACCAAGUUGGUGAAGCAGAUCGGAAGAGACGCCACGCCAAGAAAGAUGACUACAAUAUAGAGGUUCUGCUGGCAGUGGAUGAUUCAGUUGUGCGGUUCCAUGGGAAGGAACAUGUCCAGAAUUAUGUCCUCACCCUCAUGAACAUAGUAGAUGAAAUUUACCAUGAUGAAUCAUUGGGGGUUCACAUCAACAUUGUCCUGGUUAGAAUGAUCAUGGUGGGAUACAGACAGUCAAUCAGUUUAAUAGAGCGAGGGAAUCCAUCUCGGAGCUUGGAGCAAGUCUGCCGCUGGGCCCAUUCUCAGCAGCGCUCAGAUCCGGAACAUGCUGAAUACCAUGACCACGCGGUGUUUCUCACCAGGCAAGAUUUUGGUCCCGCAGGUAUGCAAGGGUAUGCUCCUGUCACAGGCAUGUGCCACCCUCUGCGCAGUUGCACCCUCAACCAUGAAGAUGGAUUCUCCUCUGCAUUUGUGGUUGCCCAUGAGACUGGACAUGUGUUAGGUAUGGAACACGAUGGCCAAGGUAACCGAUGUGCUGAUGAGACGAGCAUGGGGAGCAUUAUGGCACCACUAGUGCAGGCUGCAUUCCACCGCUACCACUGGUCCCGAUGUAGCAAGCAGGAGUUAAACCGUUACAUACACUCCUAUGACUGCCUCUUAGAUGAUCCGUUUGAGCACGACUGGCCCAAACUACCAGAGCUGCCAGGAAUCAAUUACUCUAUGGAUGAGCAAUGCCGCUUUGACUUUGGCGUGGGCUACAAAACAUGCACAGCUUUCAGAACCUUUGACCCCUGUAAGCAGUUGUGGUGCAGCCAUCCAGACAACCCUUACUUCUGUAAGACGAAGAAAGGACCACCCUUAGAUGGAACUGAGUGUGCAUCAGGCAAGUGGUGUUUCAAGGGUCAUUGCAUCUGGAAGACUUCAGAACAACCUUACAGCCAGGAUGGCAGCUGGAGUUCCUGGUCCAAAUUUGGUUCCUGCUCCAGGACUUGUGGGGGUGGGGUACGCUCCCGCAGCAGGAACUGCAACAACCCACCCCCAGCCUAUGGAGGGCGCCAUUGCCCAGGGGCCACAUAUGAGUACCAAGUCUGUAAUACGGAUGAGUGCCGGGGCCCCUAUGAGGAUUUCCGUGCCCAGCAGUGCUCCAAGCGGAACUCAUACUACACUCACCAAAACGCAAAGCACACCUGGCUUCCCUAUGAACACCAUGAUGAUGCCCAGAAGUGUGAACUGAUUUGCCAGUCUGAGGAAACUGGAGAUGUGGUAUUUAUGAAUCAGGUUGUUCAUGAUGGCACCAGGUGCAGCUAUAGAGACCCAUACAGUAUCUGUGUGAGAGGGGAGUGUGUGCAUGUUGGUUGUGACAAAGAAAUUGGCUCUCUGAAGGAGGAUGACAAGUGUGGCGUUUGUGGGGGUGACAAUUCCCACUGCCGGACAGUGAAGGGGACUUUGGUCAAAACCCCAAAGCAGUCAGUGGGUGCUUUGAAAAUGUUUGAGAUUCCAGCUGGCGCCAGGCAUGUUCACAUUGAAGAGAUGGAGCCUGCAUCCCAUACAAUUGCUGUUAAGAACCAAGCUUCUGGCAACUUCAUUAUUAACCCCAAGGGCAAAAGUGUUGAGACCAACACCUUCCUAGGGAUGGGCUUGGAAUGGGAGUACACCAUUGAGAAUGGCAAAGAGAGCUUGAAGACCAAUGGACCCUUGCAUGAAGCCAUCAGUGUUCUGGUCAUUGCACAAGAAGAUGAUUCCAAGAGCAGCUUGAUGUAUAAGUACAUCAUACAUGAAGACCUCCUUCCUGUCAUCGGAAACAACAAUGUCCUCCUCGAAGAAAUGGACACCUAUGAAUGGGCUCUUAAGAGCUGGUCUCAAUGCUCAAAAGCUUGUGGAGGAGGGAUACAGUACACCAAGUAUGGCUGCCGACGGAAGAGCGAUAACCGAAUGGUGCAUCGGAACUUCUGUGACAAUGGCAAGAAACCGAAGCCGAUCCGCAGGAGAUGUAAUAUGCAGGAAUGCUCUCAACCAAUCUGGGGGGCAGAGGAGUGGGGAGCCUGCAGCAAGUCUUGUGGCAAGCUGGGCGUCCAAAUCAGAGUGGUGCAGUGCAUUCAGCACCUACAGAACGGCACAAACAGGACCGUGCACACCAAGUACUGCACAGGAGACAAACCAGACACUCGGCGGCCCUGCAGCCGUGUCCCGUGUCCUGCCCAGUGGAGGACAGGGGCCUGGUCCCAGUGCUCCGUCAGCUGUGGAGAAGGCAUCCAGCAGCGCCAAGUGGUGUGCAAGUCCAAUGACAACAGCGUCGGUCAGUGUGAGAGUGAGAAGCCAGAGACCAUCCAAGUUUGCAAAAUGGCAGCGUGCCUAGGAAAGCUACCAAGUGUCACAGCAAAUGCAGACACCAGUGAUCAUGUGACUCCUAAGGUACAAUGGGUGUCUCAGGAGAGCGCCAAAAACCCUGUUAGUAAGAUGUCAUCAAAGGAGCCUUGCCUUGGAGACAAGUCCAUCUUCUGCCAGAUGGAAGUCCUGGCUCGCUACUGCUCCAUCCCUGGCUACAACAAGCUCUGCUGUGAAUCCUGUAGCAAAAAGCUCACUACCAGUCAGCCUCCUACCGUCAACCAAGAUGCUUCUGAGACUGGGACACGUGGCGGUGCUGUCCUUCCAAGCCCCUUCCCACAGCUGCCUUUCCAUCCCACUGUCAUGAGCCAUCUGCAACGGGUAAAAGGCACCGCUCCGAAAGAGACGGAGGCGGCCCGUGGACUGCUAGCCACUCUUGCAGGUUCGACUGCCCUGGGCAGCUGUCAGUCGAAUCUUGCUUCUCAGUCUCAGGGCAAUCCAGACAAUGGCACUGCUAAAGGUGGCACAUCAAGGUUCCUCCCUCCUCUUCGACAAGCUCUUGUAGCAGGGUGGGAUCCUGAGGGCCUCCGGGGCAGCCCAGUCUUCCAGUGGUUCCCUGCUGUCUUGGACAAACCGUUAGCUGUGUCACCCAAAGAAAGAGACUCUCCUCUCCUUUCUCAAGGCAGAGUGGGACAGAGAAAGGACAACGUGGAGUCCAAACAGUCGCCUGCCAGCCUCAGGACCUCCUCCCCUGUGGUAACAUGAGUAGGGGUGACUUUUUCCAGAACCUUCUAUUAUCUCUCUCUCUGUCUCUACACAGUUCUCACGGGGCAAAGCCGCCACAUUUCUGAGCCCCAUUCCAAGUGGGAAGAGGACCCAUCUCAAACACAACCCGGACGAUUUUGUUGUUGUUCUGUGGUGCUUCUUUUUUUUUCAAACAAUAUUUUUAAAAAAUUCAAAGAAGCCCACAGUUGCAGCAGCAACGGCC